AUGGCCUAUUUAUUCACAGUCCCACUACGUACACUGCAAGCAUCAGCAGCAGCGAUCUCGAAAGCUGCAUAUCCGGAUCAUGGCUGGAGCAAGCGGUCGUUGGCACCACCCGAUAGCUCGAUAAAGUUGCACAUUGCUGUACGACAGGAAGACGGCGGCGCUGAGAUCACACGGCGUCUCGUUCAAGCUUCGAGCCCAGGCCAUGACUGCUUCAGGCAACAUCUGUCGGCUGAUGAAGUUGCGGCUCUAUCAAAACCAGCCGCAGACAGUCCAUCACAAGUCGAGGAUUGGCUACGACAACAUGGUAUGUGGCCGGCAGCAAAUUUGUCCAAUGGCAUGUUCGAGGUCGAGACUACGAAAAGGCAGGCCGAGAAGCUGCUCAAUGCGUCCUACUCCGUGUUGUCUGAGGGUAAAAACGAUGUUGUCCGGACCGAACUUUAUCACCUACCAGAGGAUGUUGCCGAGCACGUUGACUUUGUAACGCCAACAACGGUCUUCCCAAAGCCUGAAGAUAAGCAAGAAGCCGUUCUAGCAUCGCGGACUGUGCCUGAGGAGUCUCUGCAAAAGCGUGCCAGCUGUGGAGCAUUCGACAACACCACUCCAGAAUGCCUCAGGAAAGUUUACGGCAUCGACUACACCGCGCAGCCAAACCGCACGACUUUCGCAGUCUACGCCACAGAAGCGUUUGUAUACAACCCAGGUGAUCUGCAAAGGUUCUUAGAUCACUACAACAAGCCUGCUGCGGAUGCUCGACCUUCGUACCGGGUCGAUGGGACAGGAGAUUCAGCGAACGGCGAAGGCGGUACUGGAGCCAAGUUCGAGACGGCAUUGGACACACAAGUGCUGAUGGGUCUGGCCUGGCCUGCGCAAGGUGUUCUGUACGACUGCGGCGGCGUGUUCGGGCCUAAUGUGGGACAGACCUACGACAACUUCUUACAGUUCCUGAUGGAGCUCAGAUCUAUGCAAGAUCCUCCUAGCGUUGUCUCUUUCGCCGAAAGUCAGCCAGAAAAUCGAUUCGAUUCGGACUAUGCCAAUCGCCUUUGCAUUGAGAUGGCUGCGAUCGGCCUUCGGGGCGUGACGUUGGUAUUCUCAAGCGGCAACAACGGUGCCAAUGGCCAAGAUGGCAGUAGUGAGCACAAUACUGUCUUUGAGCCGAAGUUUCCAGCCAGCUGCCCCCGGGUGCUGGCAGUGGGUGGGACGACCAACCUUGCGGACGAAAAAGCUGCCACAAAGUCGACGAUUCCUCCUACCAGCCGUCUCGGUUUUACUGCAUCUGGUGGAGGCUUUUCGAACUACUUCCCGGUGCCCAGCUGGCAAGCCACCCAUACCAACAGUUACAUCGACAACUUCGUUCCAGAUGGCUACAAGACCAAAUCUGGCUUCAACGCCUAUGGUGCCGGCAUCCCGGAUGUCAGCGCUUUCAGCACCCAGUUUCCGACCUUUGUUGAAGGCUUCCCAGUAGCGAUUCCGGUUGGUGGUACGAGCGGCGCAGCACCAACGUGGGCUGCUAUCAUCACUCUGCUGAAUGACUAUCAACUAUCCCGAGGCAAGCCAACUCUCGGCUUCAUCAACCCUUGGCUGUAUAGUCUGAAGCAUGGUCUGAAGGACAUUACCAAAGGCGGGAAUAAUGCUGGAGACUGCUUCUUCCUCGCUGGUUGCCGCAUAGGCGAAGCUCCUGGCUAUGACACUGCCGCAGGCUGGGAUCCAGUGACGGGUCUGGGAAGUCCAAAGUUUGCUGAGCUGAUGAAGGCACUGGACGAUCCAACAAGCUCGGCCAGCCCGCCUUAG